UUGGUGUGACGCGCCGUGCUUUCACGCUGGCCUCCAGGUACUCUAGGCUUAUAGCCCCGCCACCAGCAUGAGCAAAAGGAACCAGGUUUCGUAUGUGAGGCCGGCCGAGCCCGCCUUCCUGAGCCGCUUCAAGGAGCGGGUCGGCUACCGAGAGGGGCCCACGGUGGACACCAAGAGAGAGCAGCUCCCAGCUCCUGAAGAUGAUGAUGAUGAUGGGAGUGACAAGGAGGAUGAACAGCCCCAGGUGAUUGUACUGAAAAAGGGAGAUCUGACUGCAGAAGAAGUGAUGAAGAUCAAAAAGGAGAAUAAAGAGGUUUCCAAGGACACAGAUGCUGAUCCUGGAGAUGGGAAGAUUGUGUUCAGGAAACCUCCCAAGCGGUUGUCAGAAGAGAAAUAUUCUGGUUUGACAGCCACAUCAAGCAAGAAGAAAAAAGAGACCAAGAGAAAUUCUCCAACCUCCCCAAAUACAACCAAGCAAGUGAAAAAUAGCAGCUUGCUUUCAUUUGAUGAAGAAGACAGUGAUGAUUAGGAACAAUUUAUAUUUAUGUACAGGUUUACUUAGAGGCGAAAAGUCAAACUGAGUGCAUCAUGGAAGCAGAGACAGAGGGUCUGACCCUCUCUCUUUUAUAAAUUCACUUCUAUACUUGUGAAAGGAGAUCUUUGAACAAAAACUUGUCAAAAGAAAUCCUUACAACUGUAAUUUUAAUACCCCAUAUAAUUGGUGUCAUGCAAUAAAACUUUACAAGUGCACACACCAUAUGUUUUCAAACAGGUUCACCUGCCAACCAUUUCCCUCUUUUUGUUUCCCCAAGAACUUCAUUAACAUGUUUUGCCCAAUUAUACCUGGUUACCCUAACAUAGGAGUGGAAGGUCUGCUUACUGUGGACUAAAAACGUAAAAUAUUGCUCUGGCAAAGCUUUCUGUUGCAUCUCAAAGGACUGGAAGAAUUGCUGGGAUUCUGAUCACACGGAGUGUAUUGAUUUCAAAAGGGAAACCCUGCCGCAGAGUGUCCUUUGGUGGAAAAAUGUUUGGAAGUUCAGUGUGUUCUGUAACCAAGAAUGGAUUGUGUGUUGCUACAAAACAUGUAGCAGGAUUAACAAUGUAAAGCUUCAUCAAGGAGCUGAUCUGAAGUCGCUGUGUGCAACAGCUGUUUCUAGUAUAGUUGAUAUUUUAAUGCCACGAUUAAAUGACUGUGAAAUUA